AGAAUAACCUAAGUGAUAACAUGUAACGAUUCAGUCAAGGUUCGGAUAGAUCUCAAGAGUGAAGCAGUGAGUGAGCAGUGAAUAUCCACAUAUAGCCACCAUGUAUCUGGUGACACAUAUUUUCCUAAUAUGUAUGCUUUGGGGGAGCUGCAUCUUAAUCUCCAAUUUGCAAGUGGCAGAAGCUUUACCCAUCAUUUCCAGAGAAGAAAUUCUCCACCAUAUUGAAAUACCUGAUCAACAUGACCCACUGCGGAAAUUCGAAAAAUCAGACCGAACGGAUCCUUCAAGACAAAGUAUAACGUCUCACAUAUUUCUUCACCACAUUGCUCGGCGCAGAGUUCCACAAUCAUCAUAUUCGUAUGUUCCCCCUAUCAAUGAGACAAUGGUGGUGGAUGUUAGUCAUUUACCCAACCCACCCACAGAAUUGCCCCCACCAACAUUACUAACUUUGUCAAAGGACACUUAAGUAAUACAUCGCGAGGAGGUUUUUACGACUUAUUGAUAUUAUUAAUUACUAUUAGAUACCAUUUUAUACUAAGAUUUUUAUCAUAUUUCACACAUAUAUAUAUAUAUAUAUAUAUAAUAUAUAUAUAUAUAUAUAUAUAUACACAAUCAAAAUACAAAAAAGAACAGAAGGCUGCACUUUAUGUUCCAAAUAUUACGAUAAACGGUUUAUAGGAUUUUUUUAAAGAAUAUUUAUAUUGGAACCAAAUUUCCACACCACAUAUAUUCUGUAAAAAUACCAUUGAUCGUUGUAAAGAUAAUACCAUAUGUGAAAAUUAUAACGUUAGCUUAAGUUUAUGAGAUAUAUUAUACUGUGUAAUUUAGAUAAUUAGACAAUUUUACUUACAUUCUUUUAUUCAUAAUCCAAUAGUCUUACCGUAAGAAAAUAAAUACGAGUAUGUUCAUAAUUAUACGAAAUCAGGAUAUUAAUAAAUUCAAUAUAAUGUU